AGCCAAUGCAGGCUGUACCGUAGUGGCUGAGCCUGUAGCGCUUGCAAGGGCAGCUCGCAAGCUUGCUUUCUUUGUCAGCAAGGCAAGUGGUUUCUUUGAUUGAAGGCCACUAUGCAAGCAAUUGUGGCCUUUGAUUCCCAGGCGGCUGCAUUUGCAAACGCUGUAUGGCGCCAAACAUCUGCACAUUCUGCCUUUGCUGACAGCAAGGCUGCUCAGCGUUGCUCAUACAGCAUUGCAACGACAGCAAAAAGCAAUGCAAGGUGCUCAAAAGUGACAUCAGAGUCUGUGAGUCAGUUUCUGCACUCGGGAAGCUGCUCAAAUGCUGCAGCAGACUUUUGCGGUGGUGUUUUGUUGAAAUACUUGCAAUGCUGUGGAAGAAAGAGAUGCUCAACUCCAGGCCAUGCAAUCAGGGCUGGGACGAACGUUGAAGAGCCAAUGUACGAAGAUGGAGAUCUGUAUGAAGCACCUGAUGCUUACGGUGGUUGGAAGGGCAUCCGGAAGAGUCCAUUGACGGAGGCCUGGGAGAAGAGAGGGAAGUUGGUGACUGUUGCGGGAUAUGAGUGGUUUGUUGUUGACGAAGGUCCUGAAACAGGACCUCCGAAAAGCACUAUCCUCCUGUUGCCUGGCCUUCCAGCGCACUCGUAUUCCUUCCGGGAAGUGAUCCGUCUGCUUUGCGAAGCGGGUCACCGGGCAAUCGGCUUCGACUGGCCCGGCUUCGGACUGUCCGACAAACCAAGCCCCAAGACGUUCGGCUACCGCCCGACUGACAUUUUGGACGGUUUGGAAGGGCUAGUAGUGGCGCUGGGACUGGAGAAAGUCACGCUCGUGGCACAAGGCUUCUUGGGCGGAACGUCGGGGAUCCAAUACGCGGCAGCUCAUCCCGACCACGUGGCAAAGCUGGUGAUCAUGAACGCUCCUUUGCGAGAAGACUGCAGACUACCGAAGCCCUUCCAGCAGAUGACGCUUCCAUUCAUUGGCGCCGCUUUUGCGCAAGAUCCGACGCGUCUCGCGGACCUGAGCUUCAACUCUUCCGGACCGUACGAAAUGUCCGAAGACGACUUGCAGGUGUAUCGGCAGCCGUACAUGGAGUCUUCGGACGCGGGCUUCGCAGCGCUUGCAGCGGUAAAGAACCUAGACUUGAAAAAUGACGUGGCACGCUGCCGAGCGCUGCUGACGUCAGACGCCUAUCGGACGCCAACUCUCCUGACCCUCUGCAGUCAAGACAAGUGGCUUUCUCAGCCGUCCGAUCUGAUCGCAACCCUGAACGGACGGCCGUGGUUCUCGACGACCGUUCUCGACGGUGCUGGCCACUUCGCUCAAGAAGAUUGGCCUGAAAAGGUCGCCGCUGCUAUCCGACGCCUUUGAAAGCGGUGAGCCCAUCUUGUCACUCGAUCAGAAGCAGUAUUGACGUGGAAAUCCAAAUCGCCCAUCAUUUGACCAAAGUAAAUGGAGACACGUGGCGGUAGGCUGGGAACAAACGCACUUUGCAGUAUUGACAGAGCAUAUGCUCGAUCGGCCUUCUGCCGUUGUUUUGUCUGGCACUGUGCUCUGGUUCGGAUUUUCUG